CCUGAUACUCCCGCAGGCCACACAGCAUAUACGUCACAAAUCGCACAGUGGAAUGCGAAAUGGGGUGAGUAUACGAGGGUCACACCAGAGACAGGGUACCCCUUAAAGCCAGGCACAGCAGCAAUCGCCUCGAGCGAAUGUUUCAACUGCAGGACCCAUGGGCAC